UAUUACAAAAAUCACAAACAAAGAGACAAUAACAUAGUCAACAUGUUCAUCAAAUCAUCUCCAAAAUGUUUCACAUCUCUCUCUAGUACUAUACAAAUUUCAUAGGUUGUCCAAAUUUCUUAACCUUAUCCUAUCCCCAAGAAUGAUUCUUCUUCUGGAAGUAAUAAUGCUUUACCCCUUACACUCUACCUUUGGCUGUGUCUUGUUCUUCACUUAUGGUUUCUCAUGCAAAAUUCUUAUUGAUUUCAAGUAAUCACUUUUUCAACUUUUCAAAAGAAUCCAAAUCUUAAUCACGUUUCCCCCUCCACUUUCAAACCUUUUUCCAACCGUUCAUCAUUGAUUGCACACUUUUCUCCAUAAUAAUCCCAAAAAAUCAAGACCUUUUUUGUUACUAUCUUCAAGUUCAACAACUAAAGUGAAUCUUGUGAACUGUCUCUAUCUUCAUGCAUGAAUAAGAGGAGCUUCUACUUAUUCACGAGGAAAAUCACUAAGAAGUGUGUGACUCAUACUACCAAACUUUAGCAUCUUCAACUAUACAAAUACAAAUUAACACCCCUUCAAAAAAACACGAUCAUUCUCAUCCUCUCACACACACUACCAAAAAAAUUCACAACAUGAAAAAACUCAUUUUCAUUCUUCUCUUUUCACUAGUAUGUUCAAAUGGAACCACCUUUUCACUCUCAAGAGACUAUGAAAUUCUUCUUCAUGUAAAGAACACACAAAUUGAUGACAAAAACAAAAGUCUCAAUGAUUGGCUUCCAAACACAGAUCAUAAUCCUUGUAACUGGAGAGGCAUAACCUGCGAUUCGCGGAAUAAAUCCGUUGUAUCAAUCGACCUCACAGAAACCGGUAUUUAUGGUGAUUUUCCAUCUAAUUUCUGUCAUAUUCCAACACUCCAAAAUCUUUCACUUGCUACGAAUUUUCUUGGUAAUGCUAUUUCCUCACAUUCCAUGCUACCCUGCUCCCACCUUCAUUUCUUGAACAUCUCCGACAACUUAUUCGUUGGAGCCUUACCAGAUUUCAACUCAGAAAUCUUUGAACUAAGAGUACUUGACGCCACAGGAAACAACUUCUCCGGUGACAUUCCAGCGAGUUUUGGCCGAUUACCAAAACUGAAUGUGCUCAAUUUGUCUAAUAACCUUUUCACAGGUGACAUUCCAGUGAGUUUAGGCCAGUUUCCACAACUGAAGGUUCUCAUUUUAUCUGGAAACCUUUUCACCGGAACGAUUCCUUCGUUCUUAGGUAAUCUCAGUGAAUUAACUUAUUUUGAACUUGCUCAUACAGAAUCAAUGAAACCAGGUCCUUUACCUUCUGAACUAGGAAAUCUUACAAAGCUAGAAUUUCUCUACCUUGCAAAUAUUAACCUCAUAGGUAGCAUACCAGAUUCUAUUGGGAACCUUAUUUCCAUCAAAAACUUCGAUUUGUCACAGAAUUCUUUGUCUGGUAAAAUCCCAGAAACCAUUUCUUGUAUGAAAGAUUUGGAACAGAUUGAACUAUAUAAUAACAAUCUUUCAGGUGAAAUUCCACAAGGUUUAACAAACCUUCCAAAUUUGUUUCUCUUAGACCUUUCUCAGAACGCUCUCACCGGGAAAUUGUCUGAAGAAAUUGCUGCAAUGAAUCUUUCUAUACUUCACUUGAACGACAAUUUUCUCAGUGGAGAAGUUCCAGAAAGUUUAGCUUCAAAUUCAAACUUAAAGGAUCUGAAGCUUUUCAACAAUAGUUUUUCUGGAAAACUUCCAAAGGAUCUUGGAAAAAACUCUUCCAUUCAAGAACUUGAUGUUUCAACCAAUAACUUCAUUGGAGAGUUACCAAAGUUUCUCUGUCAAAAGAAAAAACUUCAAAGACUCGUCACAUUCAAAAAUCGAUUUUCUGGGCCUAUGCCUAAUGAGUAUGGCGAGUGUGAUUCUCUUCAUUAUGUAAGAAUCGAGAACAAUGAAUUCUCCGGCUCAGUUCCACCGAGGUUUUGGAACCUUCCGAAGCUUAAUACAGUGAUAAUGGAUCACAACAAGUUCGAAGGUUCAGUUUCUAGUUCAAUCUCAAGAGCAAAGGGAAUCGAGAAACUGGUUUUAGCCGGUAACAGGUUUUCCGGUGAGUUUCCGGCAGGAGUCUGUGAACAUGUUGAGCUAGUGCUAAUUGACAUUGGAAAUAACCGGUUUACUGGUGAGGUCCCUACCUGCAUAACCGGUUUGAAAAAGUUGCAGAAGCUUAAAAUGCAAGAAAACAUGUUCACUGGAAAAAUUCCCGGUAAUGUUACUUCAUGGACUGAAUUAACGGAGUUAAACUUGUCGCAUAACCUGUUAUCCAGUUCAAUUCCACCGGAACUUGGUAAAUUACCUGACUUAAUUUACCUUGAUCUCUCCGUUAAUUCUUUAACGGGGAAGAUUCCGGUGGAGUUAACAAACUUAAAGUUGAAUCAGUUCGAUGUUUCUGAUAACAAAUUAUCCGGUGAGGUUCCUUCCGGUUUUAACCACGAAGUUUAUUUGUCAGGUCUAAUGGGAAAUCCAGGUUUAUGUAGCAAUGUUAUGAAAACCUUAAAUCCUUGUUCAAAACACAGACGGUUUUCUGUUGUGGCAAUAGUUGUUUUAUCUGCUAUUCUUGUGUUGAUUUUUCUGUCUGUUUUGUGGUUCUUGAAGAAAAAGUCGAAAUCUUUUGUUGGAAAAUCCAAACGGGCUUUUAUGACAACAGCUUUUCAGAGAGUUGGGUUCAAUGAGGAAGAUAUAGUACCUUUUUUAACCAAUGAGAAUUUGAUUGGAAGAGGUGGGUCAGGUCAGGUUUAUAAGGUGAAGGUGAAAACAGGUCAAAUAGUUGCAGUGAAAAAGCUUUGGGGUGGUGGAACACAUAAACCUGAUACAGAAUCUGAGUUUAAGUCAGAGAUUGAAACAUUGGGUAGAAUUAGACAUGCUAAUAUAGUGAAACUGUUGUUUUGUUGUAGUUGUGAUGAUUUCAGAAUAUUGGUGUAUGAGUUUAUGGAAAAUGGGAGUUUAGGUGAUGUUUUGCAUGAGGGGAAGUUUGUGGAGUUGGAUUGGUCUAAGAGAUUUGGAAUUGCUUUAGGUGCUGCUAAAGGGUUGGCUUAUUUACACCAUGAUUGUGUUCCUGCUAUUGUUCAUAGGGAUGUGAAGAGUAAUAACAUAUUGCUUGAUCAUGAUUUUGUUCCUCGUGUUGCUGAUUUUGGACUUGCUAAGACAUUGCAGCAUGAGGGAAAUGAAGGUGCUAUGUCUAGAGUUGCUGGUUCAUAUGGUUACAUUGCUCCUGAAUAUGGUUAUACACUGAAAGUGACUGAGAAGAGUGAUGUGUAUAGUUAUGGUGUGGUGUUGAUGGAAUUGAUCACUGGGAAGAGACCAAAUGAUUCUUGCUUUGGUGAGAACAAAGAUAUUGUGAAGUGGGUCACUGAGAUUGCUUUAUCAACAACUCAUGAAGGAGGAGGAAGUGGCAACAUUGGAAGAGGCUACGAUUGUGUUAUAACACAGAUUGUGGACCCAAGAUUGAACUUAGACACUUGUGAUUACGAAGAGGUUGAGAAGGUGUUAAAUGUGGCUCUACUUUGUACCUCAGCAUUUCCAAUUAGUAGGCCCUCAAUGAGAAAAGUGGUUGAAUUGCUCAAGGACCAGAAAUGGGCUCUCCCCAAGCCAUGAAUUUUCGUUGGACUUUUCAAGAUCUCUAGGCAUCUAUGAAAGCAACUGAUGUCUUUGUAUGCUGGAAAAUUUUCAAAUUUUGAAGAGGAAAGUUUUCAAUAGAUAUUUAUUAAGGAUUUAAUAGCUAUUGUGAGAGAUUGUUUACUCACUCAGUGUAUCUAAAUCUUCUUGUAUAGAUGAUGGUGCAUGUGAAUCUUGUCUUGGUCAAAGUUAAAAAGGUGUGAACAAAAAAGUUUUCACCCAUAUGAGUAAAAGAUGUUUAAAUCGGUUGCCUUUGAAAAAUGGUUACUAGGCUUGGACACCCAAACCACAAAGAUAUGAUCUUUCUCAAGUGUCUGAUCAACUUAUCUUGCAUGAUAUUAGAACUAGGAACACUAAAUUGAUGAAUGACAUUUUUAUGCUACUUGCAAUUGAUGCCAUGCAGAUUCUAA